CGACGCAGCUGUUCAUACUAGAAAGCGGAGGAGGAGACCAUAGAAAUGAACGCACUGGGAGGAUGACAGCUUUUAGCCGCUGCUGUAACCCUGAACCUCUGACACCCAUAAGAACCGUCAGCGAGAGGACCACUAACCCAGCCCGCAGGGCGCAUCCUCUAUCCCGAGCAAAAAGCGAGGGGCCGUGGGCGGAGGAUUCCUUAUGAUUUCUCAGUUUUCAUAGACGCUAUUUUUCUAACACCAUGGUGCUGGGCAAGGUGAAAACUUUAGCGGUCUACUUCGACUAUCUGAACGACAACAACGUCCCCGUUUACUCCGGCGGGGAUUCGGUCUCGGGGAGGGUGAUAAUCGAAGUCACCGGCGAGGUUCGCGUCAAAACGUUGAACAUAACCGCCAGAGGCGUAGCCAAGGUGCGGUGGACCGAGUCCCGGAACGCCGGAGCCAACACUGCCUACACUCAGAAUUACACCGAGGAGGUGGAAUACUUAAACCAUAGCGACACGUUAAUAGGAGAGGAGAGAGAUGAGGACAGUCCAGAGGAGGCCCUCACUGUUCUCAACACAGGAUUACACGAAUUCGCCUUUAGCUUCCUGCUACCACAGAUGCCCCUGGCCACGUCGUUUGAAGGGAAGCAUGGCAGUGUGAGGUACUGGGUGAGAGCAGAGCUCUACAGACCAUGGCUGCUGCCUGUCAGAGUCAAGAAAGAGUUCACUGUGUUUGAACACAUCGAUAUCAACACACCGCGGCUGCUGGCCCCUCAAGCUGGCACUAAGGACAAGACCUUAUGUUGUUGGUUCUGUGCCUCGGGACCCAUCUCACUCAGCGCCAAGAUAGAGAGGAAGGGAUACACGCCAGGUGAGUCCAUCCAGAUCUUUGCAGAGGUGGAGAACUGUUCGUCCAGGGUGGUGGUGCCCAAGGCAGCGCUGAGCCAGACCCAGACCUACUUCGCCAAGGGCAAGGCCAGGCAGCUCCAGCAGCAGAUGGCAGCCCUGCGUGGGGACACCCUACCCCAGGGGAAGAGCCAGAGCUGGGAUGGAAAACUCCUCCACAUACCCCCGGUGUCCCCAUCCAUCCUGGACUGUCCACUCAUCAGAGUGGAGUACACACUGGUGGUGUAUGUGGACAUCCCUGGGGGGUUGAACCUGUCUCUAUCGUUGCCGUUGGUGAUCGGGACCAUCCCCCUCCACGCAUUCCCCAAUCGAACAAGCAGCAUCAGCAGCUACUGUAGUAGCAUCAGCUGGCCAGAGAGACCUGAGGCUCCCCCUAGCUACAGUGACUUGGUGGUGACAGAGGAGCAGAGGUGGGGCUGUCUGGAGCGCUGUGACGGGUCAGUGGUCAACGAAGAGGACCAGGGAACACUGCGCGCUUACAUCACAGAGUUCAGAUACCAGCCCCCACCACUCUAUUCUGAGGUUGACCCUAACCCAGAGCCGGGCUGUGGAGGUCAGGUGGUCAGGAGACCCGACCUCUGCCCCUCUCGCUGAGCACAACACUGACCUGCUCAGAGCAGACAGGCAUCUACACCUACAGAUGGAUCCAACAUGGCCGCUGCUAUAGCCCCCUACUGGAGCCAGUCACCUACAGAUGGAUCCAACAUGGCCGCCGCUAUAGCCCCCUACUGGAGCCAGUCAUCUACAGAUGGAUCCAACAUGGCCGCCGCUAUAACCCCCUACUGGAGCCAGCAUUGCGUCUCAUCCUUAGUUUCCUCGGGUACAUAGAUCAACAGAUGCAGGGAUGUCAGCUCUGAUAGACACUCUGUGGAGAGGCCAGGAGACUCCUCAGUCUGACCAGCAUCGCGGUUCUCUGCUGGUCAGAAAGAAUAGAUAGUCCUUAGACCCAGCUUCUGUUACAUAUGACCAUUACGUGGCACAUCUAAGACUAGAAAGGAGAGGAGAAGAAGAAAAUAGAUAAUCCACUGUUGGACUGUUGGAAACAGUGGUCAGGAUCUCCUCCAGCCUCAGAUUGAAUUUUGCACAUGCCUCUCUCACUGUUUUUCUACUUAACUUCCAUAGCUUUUCUUCCUCAACGGUCAUAUAUGCUGAAAAAUGUCCGUUGUCUUCUCACCACCAUUACUGCUUAACUAGAAACAACACCGAUCAGACUCUUUUAGAUCAAAGUAAGUAAGAAACAAAUGAAAGGAGAUGUUUUUAGAGAGGUGUUAGUGUGUCUCGGGUUUCCUGAAUGGGGAAUGUGGUACAUGGUGAAAUGACUAGUGUGUGUUCAGACAGACACUGGUGUAUCUGUGAAGCACUCACUCACACUCUCUGUCUUUCAGGUGUCUUUCCUCACUAAACCCUCCAUAGAUACAGUACCCUACUAAGCACAUGUUUGAUUGUAGUAUGUGGACAUAUGACACAGAAAGAAGCUCUGUAUUUACAUAAGAGGCAAAGAAACAGCCAGAUGUAAAAUAAAAUAAGAAAAAAAUACAUUUGAAAUGUUUACAGGUCAAUUGUCGUUCAAAUUUGAUCUUCACUUCCAAACAAAGUGCAAUAUAUUUUUGUAUUUGUCGUUUUUCUGUUUGUGUACGUGAUGCCAUUAUAGCCAUUACUGAUCUGAAUGCUAUCAUGAUCUUCCUUUGUUUGAAAUAAAGAUGCCUUUUUGUAGAAA